GUCGGAUUUGAAGGUCACGUUUUUCUGUUCUUAGGACUGUAUUGCUGGUAUGGAUGGGUCUUCGUUCGUAUAAACUGCAUGGAGCCUAAUAACAUAAAUGUAAAACCUGAGCCACCUUUCACUAGUUUGUCUUCUGGAGUAAUUUAUCCAUUAUCUGUUAACCAUAAUCCCGGUAAAAAUCACCCAAGUUCACUAUGUACUGUUCUUCAAAAGGAUUCUUAUUCAAAUACCUUGUCAGUUUGUAUGCCUCAAAUGGGGUUUCCAAUAAAUGAUAAUUUAGUAUUGUCAUCUCAGACGAAAGUGGAAUUUUUUGAAUCCGAAUCUGAUAGUAGUCACAAUUGUCUUGAGGAUAAUUCCAACGUACUUUCUGUCCAUUCUCUGGCUUCCGAAUUUCAAGUGCCGAAUUUACCUAGCGAAUGUGUUCAUAAACAUCCUGCACAUACAACAGCUAAGCCUAGUGAGGCAUUAUUUGUUCGAGCUCUUAUUGGACGGUGUAAACGUAUUGCUCCAUUAUGGUUUCGGGGUGUUUCAUCAAUGCGUGAAAGAAAUAGAGAGGAAAACCGUCGUAUGGCGUGUAACAGUGGACAAAGCCAAAGUGAUUGGAGUCUUAUAGCACUGAAGAUUGCAGAAAUGAAUGCUAACACAGAAACGGAUGCCGUCUCCAAUUUACUGAAAAAAUUGUAUAAAGAAUUACCGAGUGAUUCAGUAUUUUGGUUUCUCAAAUGUUGGCUAGGCAGUGAAGACACGCUGAAAGAUCCUGACUCGUGUGUUAUAAGUCGUGGUGAUGCUAAAGGUCGUAUGCGGCGUAUAGACGGUGGCAAAGGUUCAGAUAAGGUUUGGAGGUUAGAUACAAUCGUUGGUAUGCUUUAUCAUGGAUUGCCUAUGUCAAGCACGGAUACAAAUAUAAUGAUGCAUACAUGUGAUCAUGAACUAUGUGUUCGUCCACAGCAUAUACGAUUUAGAGCUAGUUCUGUAGCUCUAGUUGUCGUGCUGAAGGCUUUAACUCAAGCUGGAUAUACUAUUAUUCCGCCAACAAUUUCUGCUGGUCCAAAUGGAAUCUCACCUAAUGCAUCUGAUGAAUCUGUAGACGUUUUUGGACCUUUUUCAAUUGAAGAACUUCAACAGUAUAGAAGUGAAAAUUUAAAUCCUGCAAGUGAAUCAAUGUCUAAGCUGACACUGAGUGCAACGGAUCGUGAACUAGUUGAUAUGGUCCCUGUGAUUAAAGAUGCCCUGCAACAGUCUGAAAUAUCAUCUACACCGGUCGCCAACUUGAAUCGAGUGAAUUCACUUCCAAAUUCGUACAUGUCAUAUACCAAUUAUCAUAAAUCACAUAAACUGGAUCUAUCAAGAGAGUCUUCAGCGAUGAGUAGUAGCAGUGCUUUCUCUCCUAGUUCUAUUAAUAACGACUCUAGACAUUCACCUAUCCGACGUAUAUCGAAUGGAUUUACUUCUGCAAUGACAACAUCAAAACUUAACGCAACUAAUUGUUGUCUUAAUAAUAAUAUAUCUGGUAUAUCAGAUUCAGGAUCAACAACUACCAGUAGUAAUGCUACACCGCAUACGACUACCGUGUGUUCUAAAGAAAAUGCACUGUCACCAAAAUCGGAACGAUAUAGCUUAAAACGACCACCGCCAGACUCGCCAAGUUCAUUUCCAUCAUCUCCAGCUAAACUUUCUUACAAUUUUCAUCCAUCUUCAAGUCCACCUCUACUGAUAUCUGAAGUACCACCGAGUAGCUGUAAUCGUACAACGCAGAUUCAUCCACAGAUUCGUCGACCGUCGGAUUCUACACUGAUAACUGUUAAUAGUGUUAAUACUUCUGGCAGUUUAUCAUGUUCAAAUAACAACAAUAAUAAUAAUAAUAGUAAAAAUUCAAGUGCAUUUUAUGCUGUUUCUAUGCAAGAUAAUGCAAACUCUCUGCAACAACGAUCCCUUCAAUCAACUAUCGCGACUACAACAAAUAUGCCUAUUUCUAAUAAUGGGAUUAUGUUGCCUCGACCAUUGGAUUCAUCUCAUUCAAUGACAAAUGGUGGGGGUUAUCAUCGAUCAAUGUCUCAUCAACCGCAUCAUCAUCAGUUUCAUCAUCAGUCUGACCAACAAAUAAUAUCACAACAACACCACCAACAACAAAAUCAUGCACCGUUUACUUCUCUAUCCUGUUCCCCUCCACAUCUUCAUCAUCAACAGACAUGUUCCAUGCAACAAAAUCAACGUAAUGCUGUUGUGUCUAAGGAGAAUAAUCCUUUUCUAUGUACACAUCCUUAUCUUGGUUUAUUAGUUUCUUCUGGUCCAAUGAUGAAUGGUUUAUGUGCGCACACACCGCCUAUCAAUAGUAGUACUAGUGGUAAUGGGAGUGGGGGCGGUAGUGGUGGUGGGAAUAUUCCACUUCUUCUUAGCAGUUCCGGUUGUUCAUCUAGUGGCAAAUCAACACCACGUCAACCAGCAAAAAAGCGCCCAGAGGCUAGAACGCCUACAAUCGAUGGUUCAUGUGAUGAAAUGCCAUUAGGUAGUGGUGGUGGGGGUGGAAGUGGUGGUGGUCCUUCAUCAUCGAAUACACUUUCAUCAAUUUGUAAUUUUGAUGAUUCACAUUCACAUUUGUCAACAUCAUCAUUGGAGUCAACAACGAAUACAUUUAUGGUACAUCAUAAUACACCAUUUGUCCCCGUGCAUGGUAGAUCUGGACGACCUAGUUCUACAGAAUUGAUUCAUCCAAGCUUAGGCGGUUAUAUAAACAGUAAUCCUGGUUCUAAUAGUCUUUCAUCAUCAUCAUCCAACUCUUCCUCCUCCUCGUCAUCUGCGUCAUCCUCGUCAUCAACGACGACGACGUUGACGUCGACGACAACAGCAGCAGCAGCAACAACAACAUCAUCUAUAAUGACGACAACAACCAACUCAUUGAACAAUUCACCAGGGAAACAAAUUUCUGACAAUAAAUAUCAGAUGGCAAUAAUGACUACUGGCAGUAAUCGUCCUAAUCAUCACCAACAUCAUCUGUCGUCUACAAAACUGGAUCAUAGGAAUACUGAUGAAGACGAAGAAGAAGCUGAAAUGGAUCAAGAAUUGGUUGAUAUUAUGGUUGGUCUGAACGGUGGUGUCGGUGGUGGUGGUGGUGGUGGUGAGUCAAAGUUCCCCUUUUCAUCAUCAGCGAGUCAUUCAAAUAACCUAUCGAUUGGAGGACAACAUCAACAACAACAACAACAUCCCCUGAUGAUGGCUAAUAAUCGUCAUCAACAGCAUCAUUUGCUUGGUAAUGACAUUGGUGCUAGUCCUGAUGGUCGACGAGUUAUAGCUGCUAUGGUUGCAGCUUUGGCAAAUGUCAGUAAUUCUCCGCUAUUGGAUGGAUCAACACCAAUUAAUCCUCGUCGAAGUGUAUCCGCGUGUAGUCUUCCACGUUUUGAUAUUAGUCCAAAUGAUGAUUUUGUGGAUUUAAUUUCACAUACUACUACUACUACUAAUACUACUAAUAACAACAACAAUAAUAAUAGUAGUGGUCAUUCUACACGAUUGUCAUCCUCUCUUCACUUGUUCUCACAAUUGAAUCAUAAUCAGCACAACCAACACCAACAAAUCAAUCACUCCCUUCCUAUGAAUGAUGGAUUAAAUACCACUGCUGCUAUCACUACUCCUACCACCACUAACUGUAAUCAAAAAGUAGUCGACAGAAGACUUGCCUGCUGUGAUGAUGAUCGAUCGACAACUCCACCGCCGCCAAAAUUACUUUCUUCAACAGCAGCAAUGACAGCUUCAUGUAAUCCUCCUCUUCCUGCUCCUGGUGAAUUAUGCCUAUCUCCAAAGUUUUCAACGAAUACUAAUUGUACAGUGAAUCAUAUUAAUAAUAAUAGUAAUAACAACAAUGGUGAGUAUGGUGGCUUCAGUUUUAAAGAUUCCGCAUCUUCUCCACAAGAAUCAAUGCAACAAGAAUUGGCCACGCUGCUUCGAAAUUCCCCGGCAUCUGGAAUCAGUCAAGAACUCAUUGAUAUGCUGGCUAACAUGGCUCAACAAUAUGGAAUGCAACAAUCGCGUACAGGCAGUCGAGCUAGUCGUCCAUCAAGUCAAGUUGCUCAACACUUUUAUCGUAGCCUUGUCAAUGGAUCUGUUUGCGGUUCACCCUUCUCAUCAUCAAUGACUGGUGGUGGUGGCGGCGCUUCUACUCCCUCCUCAGGUUUCAAUUUCCUUCAUACAAAUAACAAUAACAACAGCAGUGGUGAUGCGUUUAACACCAUCUCAGGCGGACAUAUUUUAACACCUUUUAAUGGUUUGAAUUCAUGUUCCACUGUUCAUCAUUUGCGUAAUUUAAGCUUUACCCCGUUGUCUAUCGAUGCAGACACAUGUAUCGGUGGUGGUGGCGGUGGCGGUGGUUCACAAGCACCAUUGACGACUUCGACUACGACGACGACUACUACGAAUUGUACAACUGCCAAUCAAUAUUCUUCAUCUUCUGCAUCAUCAUCAUCACCACCACCGCCAUUGCAACAACCCCGCCCCCUUCAUUAUUUUUCUCUUCAUUCCCCACCCCCCUGUCCUUGUCAUUGACAACAGCCAGUAGUAAUCAUGAUACAGCCGCUGUAUCGACAAUAGAUACCAAUACGACUAACAAUAAUAAUAAUAAUAAUUGUGUUAUCAUGCCGUCAAAAUCGUGUUAUACAUUAGAAAUGAAUCGAGCGAAAUAAUGAAAAUGAUAAUGAUAAUAAAUAAUGGUGAUGACUUCAGAAAAAUCUUUCUUAUUUCUCAUUUUCAUGCCAUCUCCAACCCCCAGCCCACUUUCUCCCGUUGAUUCUUUUUGCCUCCAUUGUUUCAUUCUUGUUUAUGUUUAUGUACACUUACACACACACACACACAAUACCAAUGAUAUGACUGACUACUUCUCAUCUGCAUUAUUUUCUAUACUACAAUCUUGUCUUUUGUACACUCAGAGUAACACAAACACACACGCUACAUUUGUCACUUUGGAUUCUACUGAAAUGUUUCUGUGACAAAAAAUACAACAAACAACAACAAACAUUUUUGUUUACAAAUCUGUGUUUACCAUACUUGUUUAUUUAUUUAUUUAUUUGGUUUAUUCGUAAAGACAGACAAAUAUGAUGAAGUGUCUAUUGCAUUUCUACGAUACCAUCCUCUCUCUUCCUGUCCCCAUCUCUGUCUGCCUUCUGUCUUCUAUUUCUCUUCGCUUUGGUUUCGUGUGUGCGUGGACACUUAAAUAUGUGAUUUACGCGUUUGCUGUUAUCCUCAAAUACUAUCAUCAUCAUCUGGGUCCCGGGCAUUCCUAAUCUUCUCCUCCUCUUUUUAUGUAUGUUCUGUUUUGUGUUCCACUCUCUCUCUCUCUCAUUUUUAGGCACUUUUCCCCAUUCAUGAUGGAUUUCUUCUUCUGUUUGCUGGUCGUCUACUACGUAUUGGUGGUACUGCAUGUUGUUGUUGUUGGUGGUGGUCGUGGUCGUUAACAGUCGGUGUGUGUAUUUCUGAUUUCAAGAGUCAAAGUUACUCCCGUCUACUUGCUGCUU